CAAUUUUUACUUUAAAAAACGGUUUUAAUAUCAGUAUUUAUAUCUAAAUAAUAUUUUUCUAAUUUACUUUUAAUAUUUUGUGCCAAAAAAGUGAAUAAAUCUUCAAAUAAUUUUAAUAGUACAGAAAAUGACGAAAUUGGUCCCGCGUGUUUCCUUCCCGCGCACGUCGUACUAGGUGGAAGUUGGUCAUGGUCGUCCGCCAAACGGAAAGCCGCCAUGAUGGCUUUCUGUAAAGUACGCUCAAUAUGUAAAGUUUCGUUAAUGUUUUUCGUUAAUUGUGACUGAGUGCGUGCAAAAAUCAAUCAUGGGAACGAACUAGAGUGUGCAAAGUUUAGUUUUAGGUCCCUUGGGACCUCCUAGUGGAGCUAUAAAGUGUUUUAUAAGUGCAUUUUUGUGUCGACGCUAGCGUGUUUUGUUCUGUCAACAAAAUGUCGAAGCUCUCGUUUAGGGCGAGGGCCCUGGAUGCGUCGAAACCAAUGCCCAUAUAUCUCGCCGAGGAGCUUCCGGAUUUACCGGACUACUCGGCGAUUAACCGUGCAGUACCUCAGAUGCCCUCUGGAAUGGAAAAAGAGGAGGAAAGCGAACACCAUCUCCAGAAGGCGAUAUCAGGCACUGGUCUGAUAAUACCAACGCCUGAGGUAUGCCAGGUCAGCGACCUAGAAUUCUACGAGCGAUGUUACCCGCCCGAUUACAAAAUGCCCAAGCAGCACAUACAUAUGCAGCCGCUAUGGGAGGAACAAGAGGCGCCGGAAUACGACAUCGACACGGACGACGAGCGCUGGCUGAAGCAGCAGAGGCAUCCAGAGCUCACAGAGCUAAAAUUCGAGCAAAUGAUGGACAAACUGGAGAAGAGUUCAGGCCAGACGGUGGUGACCUUGAACGAGGCUAAGCUGCUUCUGGAGAGGAAUGAUGACCUCGUCAUCGCCGUGUACGAUUACUGGUUGAAUAAGCGCCUCAAUACGCAACAUCCACUGGUCCUGUCAGUGAAAACAGAGAACAGGCCGGGCCAGUCCUCUAACAACCCCUAUUUGGCGUUCAGGCGGCGGACGGAAAAGAUGCAGACUAGGAAAAAUAGGAAAAAUGACGAGAGCUCAUACGAGAAAAUGCUCAAACUCCGUCGUGACCUCGCUCGAGCGCUGACUCUUCUGGAGCUGGUGGCGCGGCGCGAGAGUGCCAAGCGCGAGCUCGUGCGCCUCACCGCGCUCAUCGCCGAGCGCCGCUACGCCGCCGGCGACUUCGCCAACCAGCUGCUGCCCGACCCGCCGCCCAGGCCCGCGUACACUCCAGUCCCGCUGACGUCGUCGUCGUUCCGUCGCGAGGCGUACCCCCUCCCGCACUACACCCCGCGGCCGCCUCCCGCGCCCGUCGACCAACCGCGACAGCGAGAAAAGCGUCCGUACAAGAGACGGAAACACAGGCAUCCCGUCGUCGGCUCCGUGCAGGGGCUGCGAGAUUCUGGCGUGUACACUUCUUCGGAGGAAGAGGGCAGCGGCCGCGCCGACGCCGCCACGCCGCCUGACGACGGGCCCUUCGCCUUCCGACGCAAGCCCGGCUGUUAUUAUGAAAUGCCGACGUCGACUCUGUAUGGCGACCCCGUGGACCCUGAUGAUCCCUCCAAAGACGGGAUGUUCGAGCACGAGAUGGAUGAGAGGCAUAGGUACACGCUGACUUCCCUCCGGUCUGGCUGCAUCGGCUUCGCCCGGCGGCGCCUGUGCCGCGGCGGGCGCGUGGCGCUGGACCGCACGCGGACGCCGCUGCACGACCUGUUCACGCGCCUGCCCUUCCCGCCCCAGCCCCACCAGCCACACGUAUGUAUCACUACUGGCUAUAUACUCUGCUAUGGGUGGCGCUGGACCGCACGCGGACGCCGCUGCACGACCUGUUCACGCGCCUGCCCUUCCCGCCCCAGCCCCACCAGCCACACGUAUGUAUCACUACUGGCUAUAUACUCUGCUAUGGGUGGCGCUGGACCGCACGCGGACGCCGCUGCACGACCUGUUCACGCGCCUGCCCUUCCCGCCCCAGCCCCACCAGCCACACGUAUGUAUCACUACUGGCUAUAUACUCUGCUAUGGGUGGCGCUGGACCGCACGCGGACGCCGCUGCACGACCUGUUCACGCGCCUGCCCUUCCCGCCCCAGCCCCACCAGCCACACGUAUGUAUCACUACUGGCUAUAUACUCUGCUAUGGGUGGCGCUGGACCGCACGCGGACGCCGCUGCACGACCUGUUCACGCGCCUGCCCUUCCCGCCCCAGCCCCACCAGCCACACGUAUGUAUCACUACUGGCUAUAUACUCUGCUAUGGGUGGCGCUGGACCGCACGCGGACGCCGCUGCACGACCUGUUCACGCGCCUGCCCUUCCCGCCCCAGCCCCACCAGCCACACGUAUGUAUCACUACUGGCUAUAUACUCUGCUAUGGGUGGCGCUGGACCGCACGCGGACGCCGCUGCACGACCUGUUCACGCGCCUGCCCUUCCCGCCCCAGCCCCACCAGCCACACGAGGACAUCGAAACGAAAGCGCAAAGAACUCCAAAAGAACUAUCAAUGGAUUACCACAGCAGCGGCAAAUAUCCUUGGAGGCAUGCCUUCCGACGCCACCUCGCCCGCAAUCCCGACCUCUGGACAGCCGACACGGACAUCAAGCAGGAAGCAACCAAGUCGGACUUACCCGACGUCCGAUCCGACCUGCCCGACAUCCGAUCCGACUUGCCUGACGUCAUCCAAGACAGUGUUAAUAGUGUUAAAAGUGAUAUUAGGUUUAGUGCAAGGACUUUAGAUGGUGUAGUGAGAGAUAAUUUGCAACGGGUGAUGAGGAAGAGAGCUUGGAGCGGUUGUUCGGAUAGCAGUUACGAUUCUGAUGAGAGUCUGCAACCGGUUGAGAAGGAGUUUGAGCAGUUUAUCAAUGAAGUUAAUAAGAAAUGGUUACAUUUCCGACCAAAAACCCCCCCACCGUCGCCCCCGCACCCAGAGAGCCACGACACAGAGUUCCCAGUGUCGCUACACACGCCCAUCGCUGUCGAGAUCCGGUCCGACACCGUGUCCGACACUCACGACACUUUCACUACCUCAGAGUUCACUCUCGCCGAUCUGUACCCGGAUAUAAACCCGGUGUUGGAUAAUAGUGUGACCGGAUUAGAUAUUAGUGGGGACGAUUUGCUUAGUGAGGAUUUUACGGGUGUAUCGUCAGCGCAGACGGAGAGCCUAGUGCCCGGGCGGUGCCUGCCUGCGGCGGCGGCGGGCGGGCGGGCGGUGGCUGCGGCGGCGGAGGCGGAGGCGUCGUUUUUAUCGCACGGCCAGAGUACGGGGGGGCGUGCCCACUCUGGCCCGGACUACAGAAAGGCGGACUCGUUUGGUUCGACCGUAGUGAACGUUACAAACGCGGAUAAGGAGCCCAUAUACAUCGACAUGGUCAAGCCCGAACCGCCGCCUAUCAAAAUUGAAACGCCCAAGCCAACAGUCAAGGAAGAGAAAAUCAUCGACGUGCCCGCCCCAGUACCCACAUCCAACAUUAUUAUAGAAGAAGUUAAUGAAGUACCACAUAUUAAAAUCGAGAAGAAACGCAAAGAAGAUACUAUAGAGGAAGUUCAGUUGCCCCACGGGGUGCAGUUGAAGACUGUUCAGACGAAACAUUCGCCGCUGAAGAAGCAUAUAAUUAGUUCGGCGGGACAUCGCAGGGCGAGUGACGUCACAAUAGUGACGUCGGUGCCGGAUGGUCAGGCUCAGCCGCAUACGUCACAGCCGCAGAUCGUUACCGUCGCUGUGUCUGAUAGUUUAAAGGUGCGGCUGCAGAACCACCUGGUGUCGGGGCAGGCGGGCGUGGUGGUGGGCAACGGUCCGUUCCCGGGCGUGGUGGGCGUGGGCGGCGCGGGGCGGGGCGCGGCGCUGCGCCUGCCGCUGGCGGGCGCGCGGCCGGUGCACAAGCACGUGCCGCUCGUGGUGCCGCACGCGCCGCACUCCAAGCUCAAGGUGCUGCACGCGCACCCGCUGUCGCACUCCCAGCGCGCCGCGCUGCUGGCGCAGAACCGCGCGCUGCACCUGCCCGCCGUCGUGUCGCUGGCGGCGCUCGACAAGGCGGCCGGCGGCUCCGUGGCGCAGCUGUUCGAGAUCAAGGCGGGGCAGCUGGGCAAGGGCCCGCACCUCGUCAACGUGGUGCGCCAGGCGGCGCCGCGGCCCGCGCUGCAGCUGGCGCGGCGCCCGCCCGCGGUGACCGUGGCGCCGCGGGCGCUGGUCGCCAACCUGCUGCACAAGGCCGUGCCGCUGCCGCACAAGCUGCUGCCGCCCGCCAACGUGUCGGCCAUCGCCUUCGCGGCGCCGCAGCUCAAGCGCCGGCCGCCGCGGCCCGACGCGGCGCCGCCCGACGCCGACGCGGCGCCCAAGCCGGACCUGUCGCCCGAGGUCACGUGACACCCGCGCCGACGCCGCACCUCCUCUAGCUGCUAGAUUAUAUUACACUGUAGCUAGUGCCGAAUAAACAAAUGUUCACGUUAUUGGGGUUUCAUGUAAACAAACAAAAUGGUAUCGAGUCGUUCGUUGCAUUAUUCAAAAAAAGCAGUGAGUUAGUUUUUCGUAGCAGUUGAUUGGACGUAAUGAGCUGUUAUGAAAAAGGGCUCGCAACAAAAAAACUCCCGGUUUAAGUAUGUGUAUACAUAUAUAAUUAGUAAGUAUCAUAUACUGUAUUAUCAUAUACAAAUGGCUCGGCCUCAUGUUGUCGUUGGGGCCUUAGACAUACGCUUAGUUGGUGACGUACCUCAUAAGUUCUGAAUUGUAGUUGUAUGUGAAUCCUUUCCUUAGCUUGUUGUUGUAAAUAUAUUAUAUUGUUACUGUGCAGCAAUAAUACGCCAUUCUGUCAA